AUGGGCUCAAACGGUGCUGUUUCAAGCUUCAAAGUGGUUAGGACUUCUCACAAGAUUACUGAGCCUCUAGGGAGAAAGGGUCACAGGGACAUGGACUUUCAAGACGCUUCGCUCCCCUUUUCCUCUCCAGCUUACUGUUCUAAUAAGCCCUUGAAUCUCAACGGGAUGCUUUAUCUGUGGGACCAGAGACGGGAUGAUAAUACUGGGACUGGCCCUGGAGUUCUUGUUGCUCAUGACUUUUAUGCUGAAGAAGCAGAUGAUCAGUGUCGGAUUAUACCACUCCCUCUCCCGUAUAGCAAGUGCGUUAGGAGAUGCAUGUCUACUUCCUCUGGAGAUGUUAUCUAUGUCGAAAUAUUGGAGCGAAGAUUGAAGGUUUGGAAGCUGAAGAAGAGUAGCAACUCUGAUGGAGAAUGGUGGCAGUUGACAAGAGAUGAAAUCAGUAUGGCCUGUGACUGUUUUCCUUUGAGGAUGAACCCGUCUGAUUCUGAUUCGGUCUAUCUAUGGAGUCAACAGCACAGUUGCCUUGUAUCUGGAAAUUUAAGGACACAAGAGUUUACUCUUCAUCAGGAAACACAGACUUGGAGUGAUGGUGAAGGCUGCUGGCGCGUAAACACCUCAGAUUCUAAGAAUCAUAUGGAAGCUAUAUAUGAUCCAUCUUCGGUGAUCACAUUAUCACAGUUUGUGCUCCCACAGUGGAUGGAUCCACUGCCCCGCCCGCCAAAUUGA